UUUUUUUUUUUUGAACGGAUUCGCAAGGGAGAGAUUAGGAAAGUUAGAGAAUAUAUGAAGAUACAUAUAUAAAUAAGAUUAAAUUAAAUAUGUACAUCAUUAGAUAAUAUAAAUAAAGACAAUAAACUGUAUACAUUAGGAGAAUUCAUAGAUAAAAGACACAUAAUGGAAGUAGGAAAUGGAAUACGUAAUGAAAUCAAAUUUAAAUAGAAAGAAGAGCAAUCAUUUAGAGAGCAAGAAAAGAAAAUGUGAUUAACGUCACAGACUUCAGCACCGCAAUCACAGGCUGGAUUAUCAACAAUUUUGAAUUUAAAAAGAUGGGCUGGAGUGGAAACAUGUCCCAAUCGCAUGCGAAUGAGACAUGUUGUUACACGUUUAGCGAAAUGAAUUUUGAAGAACCACGGCUUUGAAGGUAUUGUGGGUUGAAUAGUACUAUAAGAUUUCCCUUUUGACUGGCUUGAUUCAGUCCAGCUACUCUGCCAACUAGAAUGAAGGAAAUCUUGAUCUCUCAAAUACCUACUUAGUAUGUGUAUUAGGCACUGAAGUAUGAAACCUAGGUCUAUGGUAUUAGGUCUAAUCUAAAAUUCAAAGUCAACUGAACAUACAACCUACUAGAGGAAAUUACUAAGGUAUCUACCAACCAACCUACAGAACUCAAAUAUAUUAAGUGUAUAAUCUACAGAAGGAACUAAGGUAGGUAGGUAGGUAGAUCAGGUAGAUGCAUGGAGUUAAUAAGUACCUAAAACCAUAAAUUAAAGAACUUCUAUAGUCAGUGGUAAAAUUGCGAAAUCAUGUCAACCCUGUCCCGCCGUUUCAAUAGCCCCGACUGGGCUCCGGCCCGGUCCGAGGUAGGGCGCCGGUUGUGAGCGGCAGGAGUUUUUAGUGAGGUUCAACUCCCACAUACCCCAUCUGCCGCGCGGGUGGGGAUCCGGCGAUUUUCUCCUGUGGAAAAAAAGAAGCUGUUGCGAUCAUAGAUUAUACCACUGAAGUAGGAAACCUAGAUUAUACACAUAAGUUGACAAGAAGUGUCAACACUGUCAACAUAUUUUUUAUUUUUAGAGUUUUAUAAAAUGUUAGUUGCAAUAAUAUUCACUAAAUAAAAUUAUGAAUCUGAAUUAUUUAAUAGUAGAAACAAUUUUAAAUAUUUAAAAUAAUUACAAAUCCAUCUCUUAAUCGUUAAACAAUUUCCAGCUUUAAAGAUUUAAAAAAUUGAAUAAAAUUAAAUACUUACAGUACAUGUAACCUUUUGAAUGAAAUGUGUGCUAAGUCUCCGUUUAGUGUCAACAGCAUAUUUUGUCUCACGUCCCGAGAACGAUGUUUGAUGAAUCUAAAAAGGGCUAAGGUUCCAAAGUUCGGAAGUACACCAACAGCUACGGCUGCGGUUUUAGUGCCUUUGUGUCGUGUUGCCGAAGUUCCUUCUCUAUUAUAUACAGUAAGGUCUUCAAAUUUACGAACAAACAGUGGUCAAAUAUCUUUUCCGGGUGGAAAAACUGAUAAAAAUGAAACUCCCAUUGAAACAGCACUUAGGGAGACUGAUGAAGAGAUUGGGCUUUCUGCUAAAGAAAUAGACGUCUGGGGCCAUGGUCCUGCAGUACCUGGGCGUAAUAACAAAAUAAUGAUCACCCCAGUAAUUGGUACUAUAUUCAAUUUUAAACCAGAAUCAUUGAAUAUCAAUGUGAAAGAAGUAGCAGAAGUUUUUACAGUCCCAAUUGAGAUGUUAUGUGACACAAAGAACCAACAUUAUACACAAUUCAAAAAUGGUUUCAUAUUACCAGUAUUCUUGGCAGGAGGCUACAAAAUAUGGGGUAUUACUGCUUACUUGACUCACAUGUUUUUAAGUUCAUUAAUGACCAAAGAUGUUUACAGAAAUGAGUGGAUGAAAAAAAAGAUUAAAUUAUAAAUGGUAGCAUUCUAUAAUAUAUAUGUAUUCCUAUAAAUAA